AUGGAGAAGGUGCAGAUCCAAUCGUGCAAUUCUUACUAUAACUCGCACCAAGGCAGAACGGUCUGUGGGUGUUACAUGCAUACCCUCUAUAUGGCCAUUAUCCGAAGUAAGGGCUACAGCACUACUGCUACCCUUCUUAUCUCUGCUUGCAGAAUAUUCAGUAUUUGUUCUAUGUGCAAUGCUAAAAUCCAGAAGGAAGCCAAAGCAGAAUGUCAGGUGGUGAAAUUGUCACUACAAAUCACUCCACCGUGUGAAAGCGAACAACACUAUGAAUAUUCUGGACGGUGCUGCACAAAGUGUGAGCCAGGGAAGUAUAUGUCUGCUAGAUGCGCUGGUACUUCUGAUAGCGUGUGCCAGCCAUGUGGCCCAAAUGAAUAUAUGGAUGUCUGGAAUGAAGAAGACAAAUGUUUACUACAUAAAAUAUGUGAUCAAGGGAAAGCUUUGAGAGAAGUGAACCCAGGGAACAGCACAUUCCAGCGGCAGUGUGCUUGUACGGUGGGCUACCACUGGAAUGAAGACUGUGACUGCUGUCAGCGAAAUACUGUAUGUGCUCCAGGAUUUGGAGUCGAGCAUCCUGUGCAACAAGACAAGGACACAAUGUGUACACCGUGUCCCAGAGGCUACUUCUCAAAAGUUGCUUCAUCCACUGAUGAGUGUAAAUCCUGGACCAACUGUACAGCUCUAGGAAUGGCAGAAAUAGUGCCUGGGACUGACAAGUCAGAUGCAGUUUGUGCAGAACGGAAGACACCUGAGCCAUCAGAAGACGGAACAAACAGGAUCUUAUACGUGUUGAUUGUCAUCUUGUUUUUUGUGGCACUAAUUGGCAUUGUCAUCUUCAUCAUAUACUACAAGAAUAAGGGAAAAAAGCUGACAGAUGUGAAAAAAGAGCCCCCCAGAGAUGCAUUUGUUACCGUGAACAUAACGAACGCUGCUGUCCCCCAGACAUCUGAAGGCAUGUGUCUCCUGGGCCCCACUGGCUCUCCUGCCCCUGGAAACUCGUGCUGCACCAGCAGUCAUGCUCCUUGCAGGAAUGGGAGCCCCAGCACAGCGCCGUGCGAGGCAGGAGGGAGCCUCCAAGCAUUUCCUGUAGUAACUGAGACUGAUGAUGACCAUUUCCCACCAGUUCCGAUGGAAGAUGAAUACAUGGAUAAGGAUCUCAAUACCGCUGAUUAUUUAUCUUUAUUGAGUCGAACUGCUAGUAAAACCAUGUCAUCAUUUUCAGAACCGAUGGAGGCGGGGGAGAAUGACAGUUUAAAUCAGUACUUUUCAGGGAUUGGGAGCACAGAGGACAUAUCAGUCUCUCAAGGCUUUCACCCUUCCUCCGGCACAGAUGGGGCACACACUGCCACGGACAGACUUCUUCAGAAAUCUUGCCAACAUGCCCACAGUUGCCUGAAGGAAAUGGGCAACAAAGACACAGAUCGUUUUGCAGCAAACUAUGACUCAGAGAAGAUUUGUGUGAGGUGUGGCAUUUCGUACAGGGAAUCUCCCAGAAAGUGGAGCAAACCCUGUUGUGCUAUGGCUGACAGUGCCUCCACCUCCCCAGAAACUGGAUCAUAUGCACAGUGCACCUGUGGCUUGAAUUUUCUCUCUGCUGGUCAGAGCACUCUAGCAAGUGAACAUGGUAUGGAAGAUGCAUCUUCGGAUAGUACCAACAUGAAGUACCAGAACACAAACAGAAGCACUUCAGGGACAAACAGCAGCACUUCAGACCUCCCUCCAGUAUCCGGAAAUGUGACUGGAAACAGUAACUCCACCUUUAUCUCAAGUGGACAAGUAAUGAACUUCAAGGGCGACAUCAUUGUUGUCUACCUUAGCCAAAACUCCCAGGAGGGAGUAAUGGCCUCGGGGCCGAGCGAGGAGAACGUGGGCAGCCCUGUGCAGGAGGAAAACCUCAGCCGCUGUGAGACUUUUGCCGGCAACACGCAGCACUACAAGGAGAAGUGUGCCGAGCUGCAGGGCGCCUGCCCGGCGGGCGGCCAGGCUUCGCAGCCCGUGCAGGAGGAGGGGAAGCUGGGACACUUCUCAGAGAAAGUGUUGAACUGA